CCAGCCCCGGGGCAUGGGUGUGGCCGACCUGGCUUGGCUGCCUUGUCACAGGGAAGUGGGCUGGCUCCUUGGCUGGGUGGGGAUGGCCCGUCACUCCCAGCCAGUGGUGCCGGCAGCCGGCACAGUGACAGGUGGUGAGGCCAGGUGACCAGGUCCUGCCACUGCACCCACCAUGGCGUCCUGGGGCCAGGCACACCUGGGACCCAAGUACGUGGGCCUCUGGGACUUCGAGGCCCGGACAGAGGAGGAGCUGAGCUUCCGGGCAGGGGACCUCUUCCACGUGGCCAGGAAGGAGGAGGAGUGGUGGUGGGCCACACUGCUGGACGAGGCGGGCAUGGCCCUGGCCGAGGGCUACGUGCCCCACAACUACCUGGCCGAGAAGGAGACCGUGGAAUCUGAGCCGUGGUUCUUCGGCCGCAUCUCCCGCUCAGAAGCCUUACACCGACUGCAGGCCGAGGGCAACAAGCCGGGUGCCUUCCUGAUCAGGGUCAGCGAGAAGCCGGGUGUGGACUACGUCCUCUCGGUGCGGGACACGCAGGCUGUGCGGCACUACAAGAUCUGGCGGCGGGCCGGCCGGCUGCACCUCAACCAGGCCGUGUCCUUCCCCAGCCUGCCUGACCUCGUGGACCACCACAGGGCCCAGAGCCUGUCCCACGGCCUGCGGCUGACCGUGCCCUGCUGGAAGCACGAGCCGGAGCCCCUGCCGCAGUGUGACGACUGGGAGCGGCCGCGGGAGGAAUUCACACUCUGCAGGAGGCUGGGCUCUGGCUACUUCGGGGAGGUCUUCGAAGGGCUCUGGAAGGACCAGGUCCGAGUGGCCAUUAAGGUGAUCGCCCGAGAUGACCUCCUGCACCAGCACACAUUCCAGGCGGAGAUCCAGGCCAUGAAGCAGCUUCGGCACAAGCACAUCCUGGCGCUGUACGCCGUGGCUUCCGUGGGAGAUCCCGUGUACAUCGUCACGGAGCUCAUGCCCAAGGGGAGCCUGCUGGCGCUGCUGCGGGACUCUGACGAGACAGCCCUGCCCGUCUCAGAGCUGGUGGACAUCACAUGGCAGGUGGCCGAGGGAAUGUGCUACCUGGAAUCACAGAAUUACAUCCACCGGGACCUGGCUGCCAGGAACAUCCUCGUGGGGGAAAACCACAUCUGCAAAGUCGGGGACUUCGGGCUGGCCAGGCUCGUCAAGGAGGACAUCUACCUUUCCUAUGACCACAACAUCCCCUACAAGUGGACGGCGCCCGAGGCACUCUCCCGAGGGCAUUACUCCAUCAAAUCUGAUGUGUGGUCCUUCGGGAUUCUCCUCCAUGAGAUCUUCAGCAGGGGUCAGAUGCCCUAUCCAGGCAUGUCCAACCACGAGGCCUUCCUGAGGGUGGAGGCAGGCUACCGCAUGCCCCGUCCCCCCCAGUGCCCUCCCACUGCACACAGGCUGAUGCUCUCCUGCUGGCACAAGGACCCGGAGCAGAGGCCCUCCUUCAAAACCCUGCGGGAGCAGCUCUCCAGCUUCACCAGAUACGAGAAUCCGCUCUGAGUGGCCCUCCCUGCCACUGCCUCCCGGUGAGCAGGGGCCUGGGGCGACAACAUGGACCUCGGAUCAAGGGCCUGGCCUGACCCUCUGAUUCAUGGAUUUGCCUAAAGUGCCAACAGCGC